AUGAUAUUAAGAGAGCACCACACGUUUUGCAAGCCGGAUUACAAAGGCAACUUGGCGAAGCUCCAGCAUACCACAAGAACUAUCAAAGGGAGUGCUUCGCAGCUGUACUGCUUAUUUCGGUACUUGCCUUUUUAUGUGGGGGAGUGCAUACCAAGGGGCCAAAAUGUGUGGGAGUUGUACCUUUUGUUCAGAAAGGUAGUAGACAUAAUCAUGAGCAAGCGAGUAACAGUAGAGUAUAUUGCAUACCUCGAACGCCUGAUCACAUGCUUCUCCGUAGACUUCAAAGAUGUGUUUCCAGCUGUUCGUGUACCUUGCAAAUUACACUUCCUGAUUCAUUACCCUAGGCACAUGCUCAUGUAUGGGCCACUUGUUCGGAUUUGGUCGAUGCGCUAUGAGGGCAAGCAUCAAUACUUUAAGGACUUAGCCAGAAAGCUUAAAAACUUCAAGAAUAUCGUGUCCACUUUGGCAAAUCGUCAUCAAGCUUAUGAGAUGUAUCUGCAGUGUUGUGAAACCGGCGAUAUGAACAUGACCACCAGGGGAUGCAAGCCCUUACUGUAUGAGCAUCUUCCUUUCGUUGUAAAGAAUUUCAUGUGUGCAAAUGCGAUGAGCACUGAAAACAUCUUUUCUUUGGUGUCGGCUGAUAUUGGCGGCACUGCACAUGCAGUUGGCAGUGUUAAAGUGAUCGACUUAUCUUCCGACCAGCCAACUUUUGUCAUGGUCACUGGUAUUUUUUCAGUUAGCCGGCAUGUCUUGCUCCAGGUAGAGAAGCUUGAGACAAUAGAAUUUGAUGAACAUUUUCAUGCAUACGUGAUCAGGAAAACUUCAGAAACUAGCAUUUUGACUGAUGUAUCAAGCCACCAGACAGACGCACUGGCCAUUCAUGUUUUAGGAACCAAGAUCCUUGUUUCUGUACGCCAUGCUCUGAUAUAG